UACACAGGUUGUGAUAGCCGCGUACGUAAAAAACAUGCCCGGGAAGCUGUUUUACAGCGACGAAGAAAAAGACCUAGUGACGGAGCUUGUGCGUAAGUACAAGUUCUCGAUCGAAAACAAAAAAUCUGACACCGUGUCGCUGUCGAGAAAGAUGAAAGCGUGGGAUGCAUUGACUGCCGAAUUCAACAGCGCAGAAAAUGUGCGGCCGCGCACUGUCUCACAACUAAGAAAGCUAUGGGACAACCUAAAGCAGCGCUGGAAGAAAGAAAAGGCCAAGCAAAUAAGGGAUGCCAUGGCUACAGGAGGUGGGCCGCCGCCGGAACCUGUAGACGAGCGGCUAUCGCAGAUCGAGGCUGCAGUUCCGCAUCUUUCGGAACGCGUCAAGAAUCCAUAUGAUAGCGAUCGACCGCCAUCAACACAACCUGCCGAUAGCGUGGCUGACAUCAUCGCCGGAAUGACGCAGAGCAACGCAGAGGACAGUGACGACGAUCGUACCCUGGAACUAAGCAGGACUGAAUAUUUGUAUAUGGAUUCUGCGAAUGCUACAUCCCCGUUACCAGCAGACCCUAUUGAGGCCUCAUCUGAGCCUGCGCAGUGCACACGGCAAGCCUCUCAGCAGACUCAAUGCACUACAACCCAGUCAGCAUCUCAGGAAACAGCGGUUAGCCGGCGUGCACUUUUGCAGCAGACGCUAUCCACUGAACUGGAAUCCCGGCUGCAAGCGUUGCAGGAUGAAAGAUGCCAAAGAGCCACAGAGCACAAAGCCAGAAUGAGAAUGAUGGAAGAGGAGCAUGGAUGGAAAAGACUGCAAUAUGCUGACGAGGAGAGGAAAAGAAGUUCUUUGCACAGGAUGCAACUGCGUCUUCUGAAGGCUAAACUGAAGGUCUCCUCAAUGAGAGCAGAAGUUCUUGCCAAGCAACUGGCUGGUGAUGAGGCAAAGAGUAACUCUCAAUAAACAAGUUGUAACAGUUUUUAGCGUAAUGUUCCAUUGGAGCCAUUGCUCAACAAUUACAGAUAGGAAACAAACGUAAAGAAAGGGGGUUAACCGAGGAGCCCGAUUUUUAUUAGUCAUGUCAUAAGAAGCCAACAAACACUGACACCAAGGACCACAUAGGGGAAAUUACUUGUGCUUAAUAAAUGAAAUUUGACACCAAGGACCACAUAGGGAAAAUUACUUGUGCUUAAUAAAUGAAAUUUCAUUUAUUAAGCACAAGUAAUUUCCCCUAUGUGGUCCUUGGUGUCAGUGUUUGUUGGCUUCUUAAGAUAGGAAACAAGGCAUACACAUUACAUAAGACGAUAGUAUUUUUACAUCUCCUGUAAUAACACACCAGUGGUGCCAUGAAGUAAUAAUGGUCUGUUGUUUGCUCAGUCCCUGUUCUGGUGAGCUGCAGUGCUCGAAAAGCGUCUCUCAAUGAGCCGCCUUCGCAGCUGGUUGCCACGAGGAGUGUCAGCUGGUGCAGGCCCUGGUUCACUUGCAUCCUCUUCUUCAUUUCCAUUCAACCACAAAUCACCCAAUUUAGACGCCACAUUAUGAAGUGAUGCACAUGCUGUUAUUAUUGCACAUGUCCUCUCCUUUUUUGUUUGAAGGUUUGUCUUCAGGCAGCCAAACCGCCUCUUCCAAACUCCAAAUGCUCUCUCUACUGAGUUCCUUGUUUUUAUUUGGCUCUUGUUGUAUCUGCACAAAAGUACACAAAGUUACA